GGGAGCCGUUGCUUUAGAGCCCAGCCGAGGGUCCGGCCACGUGUCCCUUCCCCUUGGGGCGAUCCCGGCCGGCGCCUCAGGAUGAGUCUCCAGUGGAUGGCCGUGGCCACCUUCUUCUACGCCGAGGUCCUGGCUGUGCUGCUCCUCUGCAGCCCCUUCAUCUCCCCGCAGAAGUGGCAGAAGAUCUUCAGCUCCCGCCUGGCGCUCGGGCUGGUGAGCCACGGGCGGCCCUUCUUCGGGAUCCUGCUGCUUGUUCUGGUGCUGCUCUUCCUGGACGCCAUGUGGGAGAUCAGGAAGUUUGACAGCGUGGAGAAGGCGAGCCUGCUGGCCUGCCCCGCGGCCCUGGAGCACCACCAGACGAAGCUCUUCCGAGCGCAACGGAACAUGCACGUCACGGGCUUCGCGCUGCUGCUGUCGCUGCUGCUGCGCCGCCUGGCCACCCUGCAGAAGCAGCAGGCCUCGCUGCAGGCCUCCCGGGAGGCCUUUCGGAGGCGGGCGCAAGGGGCCGACCAGCGCUACCUGGACGAGAGCGAGCGGCUGCUGCAGGAGGCCGAGGCCCGGGCGAGCCAGCGCGUAGCCGCCCAGGUGAGCGAGAACCAGGCCCUGCGGAAGGACCUCAGGAAGCUGACGCUGGAGCUGGAGGCUUGCCGCAGGAGCCUGGGGCUUGCCCAGGACGAGGCCCUGGGCCUGCGCCGGCGCUUCGAGAAGCACGACCGCCGCGGGGAGCAGCCGGAGGACGAGGCGGGCCCUGAAGACCCGAGGAUGGAGUGAGGGCCCCGGGCCCGACCUCUCCCUUCCCAGGCCCAGCCCCCAUCUCUAGCCCAGGCCUCUCCAGCCAGCUUCGGGGGCCUUCCUCUCUGGGUCACGUGGUGUGUGGGUGUGUGCUGGCUCCUUGCACCAUCGAAUCCUCAUCUGGUAUUCGGGUCCGUGCCUUCCCUUGCCCGCACACCUCCACUGACAACACAACUUCUCACACUCCCCCACCCUGCCAUAUUUUGGCCUUGCUCUUUUGCCUUGCAAAUAAAUUUUACCCUGCUUUGGCCACUGAGCACUCACCUAUCCCUGUACAUUUUGGUCCCAUGCCAACUUUACCCUGAAUUAAGAGGGCAAUCCCAGUAAUUAAGGGAGGGUUCUUUAGAGUGUCCAGGUUGCCCGUUUGCGAGUUUUCCCCUCUUGUGUUUUAUCUUAUUCCCUCCCCCCACCCCCAGUUUACCAUUAUACCAAAGAACAGUGGGAUGGAGUGGGGUAUUGCUGUCUGAAGAGGACACCUUAAGUUUUAGUUAUUUGUUUGAGCUCUUUGCCAGUUGGGUUUUGGUUUAGGGAUUGGGGUGGUAUUAGUUGCUCUCCUUUUUCUCUCGGGACAAGGAACCACCCCUCUCUGCUGUGUAUAUUGAUGAACUAAGUCUAGGGUGGUCUCCUCCUGUGUAUGCCGAACAUCACUUAGAAAAGUAAAAUUUGUCUGUCAUAAAGAGGGGUUCAGAGAAAAGAAACGUAAUAGAUAUGGGGUUAUACCUCAAGUCAGCUUUCCAGCUGUAGGGGAAAAAAGGUGAUUGAUUUAAAAAAGCAAAACAUUUAAAGUGUGGAGCUUAAAAUUAUUUUUGACAUGCAAAACCAGCUAAGGCACAAAACUUCCAAGACAAACUGGAAUGUUUAAGCUAAGUACCUUAAUAAAAUUGAAACUUUACAGCGUUGUUUGAUUAGUCACUAUCUGGAUGUAAUCACAAUAGAAGGAAUUAGAAAACUAUUAUUUUGAUUACUGAAGAAUGUAAUGGACUUGAGGGAACACAAGGGAAAAGGGGGGAAAGGAAUAGGUUGUUUUGGGGCUUAAAGAUAUAUCAAGAAAGCAAAAAGGGAAGGAUAAAGAAGAUGAAGAUUGGUUUGUGUUUGUGAGUAAAAAGAGGAGUCCAAUCUGUGGAACAAAUUUCUUACCAUAACAGGACAGUGGUUUUUGCUGUCAACUGGACCUGUGGGUGGCUGCAGCCAAACAGGGCAGACUAGAUACAGGAGAGUCAGGAAUCAAACAGAAGUUCAAUUUCAAAGUGAGAGAAACAGCUUGCAACCAAGGACAUGUGUGCAGGAGCCCCACCCCAGUGGGGGGGACCUGCUUUAGUUCGGCCAAAUCUCAAUACUUUUAUCAAUGUCUUCAAAAGUGAGCUGUAAGCCCUGACAAUGAGGGGUAACAGCAACAAUGUGUGUGACAAGUUUGAUUCAUAGCAGGGCUUCAUGCCCUGAACAUUGAGACAUCUAUAUCUAUCUAUCUAUCUAUCUAUCUAUCUAUCUAUCUAUCUAUCUAUCUAUCUAUAGCAGGUGCUUGUCUUAUGAAACAAUUCUGGGAUUUUGCUGUGGCUGAGAUCAUCUAGAGGGAGAGCGCAAAGGAUUGUUGUUAUGCCAGGCUCAGGGCACAGUUUGCUUGCUAGGCCUUAGCUCUGGAAAACAGGUUGUGUCUCCUAAUAUCUUGACAUUUCUUCGUUUUGGGAAAAGGGCGGGGGUCUGAAAGAACCCUUGCCCUUCUGGCCAAUAAAAGAGAGGCAAGUAUAAGCCAAGAUGCCCUGAGAGGCCAGUUGGGCCAGGAGGAGCAUUUUUAUCCCAGGAAGUCAGUUCUUUGAGGUCCUAUUCCCCUAUUGGGGAAGUGUGUCCCUGGUCGUUGCUUGCAGAAAAGAGAGGGAGGCCAAGAAUGUAGAGGGAGAAAAUGCCAACACGCUUGAAUCAGGGCCCUGCUGGUUGGGCACAUAACAAAAGGGAGGAGGAAAAGGAAAAGAAAAACUAGUUCAGUAUACUCCGCCCUCGUCCGAAAUCUUGGGCCAGCUGUCUCAUCUGGAUGUUGGCUGCUUCUGGGUAUGUACUAGAUGAACCUUGAGGUUCCUGGACAGUUCUGCUGUCCACUUAAGAACAAAGGCUUUCUUCAGAUGAUCCAGGAGUCCACUAUACAAAAAUUAUAAUCUUUGUAUAUUGAAAUGUUUGUUGAUAAUUGUUAAGUAUACAAUAAAAAUUAAAAAUUGAUAAGGUAGAUUUUAAUAUUUCAAUAGUGAGAUAUAAUUCAAACAAAACUAUAAAUAAGAAUGAAGUUACAAACUUUACUAUGUUAUAACCAAUGCCCUCUGGUCCAUGUUGUAUCUGAUACCAGAAUACACAGACCAUGUAUAAAAGAAUAAACAUACUAGGAGAAGGGGAUCCUAUGCUAGUUGAACUUUUAGUGCUUGAACUGGAGACACGAACUGCAGAUUUUAUUCAGGUGUCCCUAUUUCAAAUUCUUGUGAUUAGUCUACAUGGCAAGGAGAACAAUUAUAAUCUUGGAUUUUAUUGUUAAUAGGAGUUGGGAUCACUGGGGCUUCAAAUUAGUGUAUUACAGAGACCACCACAACACACUUUUGGUGGGGGGUAUAUGUAUUAAAAAGGUGUCUCCUUGAAGACUCAGGUUGUAUCCCACCUUCUAUAGGAUGUCUUUCCCAGUCAUUCUUCUCCCACCUACUAGUGCCGAGAGAGAGAGAGAGAGAGAGAGAGAGAGAGAGAGAGAGAGAGAGAGAGAGAGAGAGAGAGAGAGAGAGAGAGAGAGAGAGAGAGAGAGAGAGAGAGAUUUCGAAAGAGAGAGAGAGUUCACACCUGGCCAGCUAGGUGGUGCAAUGGAUAGAGUGUUGGCCCUGGAAUCAGGAAGACCUCAGUUCAAAUCCAGUCUCAGAGACUUCCUAGUUGUGUGACCCUGAGCAAGUUAACUUUAUUUGCCUCAGUUCUUUUUUUUUAAAUUUUAUUUUUUGUUUUUAGUUUACAACACUCAGUUCUACAUGUUCUUGAGUUUCAAAUUUUCUUCCCUUCCCUCCCUUGCCCCCGCCCCCAAGAUGGCAUGUAGUCUGAUAUAGAUUCUAUAUAAACCUUUGCAUUAAACUUAUUUACACAAUAGUCAAGUUGUAAAGAAGAAUUAUAACCAAUGGAAUGAAUCAUGAGAGAGAAGAAACCAA